UAAAACAGCUUCAUUCUUAUAUAUGAUUCUGACUAGGGUUUUACCAGGAUUUGGUGCUUGGUUUUAGUUUAUAAUUAUCUCUUAAUAUCACUCGUGGUGUUGUUUUUGCUAUUUUUAGUUCUGUGCGGGGUUUUAGGUAUAAAAGGAGCAUUUAUGGAGGAAGGAGAGAACAUAUUAGGAGCCAUUUAUGAAGAUGACAACUUAGAAGAUCUUGAAGAUAUUGAGAUGCUUGAUGUAGAAGAGGGAGAGCUUUUGGAGCAUGAUUCAAGCACACAAACCAAUUUGGAGCAAAGCCAUGGUGGGGAUGCCAAUGUUGGAAAUGUGGAAUUACAAAGUAAAAAUCGUAGGCGUAGGGCAAACAAGAAGAAGAAUAAGAAAAAGAGGAGUGGUCUAGGCCCAAAGUUUACUGACAUAAACAGGUUUGUUUCGGAUACAUGUAAGCAUCUGAAGGAGAGAAAAUCAUACAUGGUAUACACUGCUGUAGGUUGCCUGGGGGUUUCUGCACUCAGUGAUCUCAUUAAAGAGGUGGAUGCAAUCCAGGCAUGUGGAGGUCAGAUGACUGCUGAUGGCAGACGUUCCAGAACAGGUGGUGGCAUAUUAUGGGGCAUAAUUAGAGCACGAUCACCAGGUACCUACAAAGAGAUAAUGAAAAAAACAAAGGAAUUUGAGAAGCAAUUCAAGCAACAAAAUAACAGGCAAGCAGUAGAACAAACCAAAGAGGAUUCCUCACACCGAGCAGAUUUUGCUCUGACCAAUGAAAUCUCUCCCAGUAUUCCAGAUGGUUCAGAGAUUGUGCCUCAAAAUCAGCAGAAACAGUCAAGUGUUGAAGGGAAACACAAAUCUGUUCGUGAGAGGAUCAGGGUACCUGUAUCUUAUGAUGAUCUGCUUGUAGAGGAUUCGAGAACUGAGUCACUGUGAUUCUCAGAAAUAUAUUAUGACUCUGAUUGAUUUUUGACCGCGUGGAGAUACAUUUGUGGAUACACCUUUAUUGAGGCCAGAAACAGAAAAUUUUUCCAUCUUAGAAAAAGGGUACUGAGAAUAUUGGCUAUUACUUUUUGUUGAAAAUAGCUGCUCAUUGUUAUUGAGGCUUUUGGUAUUUAAUCUUGAAUAUAUGAUUCUUAUAAUUUCAUAUUAAGAGAUUAUUAUAGUAGUAUGGAGAGCCUUUAUCUGUUUUAAUUCUUGUCAUAGCAGC